CAAAGUGACGCGUUUUAUUCAGUCUCCUUGUCCUGCACGAGCGGCUGAGACGAUGGCCGACAUGACGCAUCCGCUACACACUGCGUGGAGUAUAUGGGAACUCCGUGAGAUGUCCAAGGGGAACUACGCUGACAAAUUGCACAAGCUAUGUACGUUCAAGUGCGUGGAGGACUUCUGGGGAUACUGGAACAAUCUGCCGAAGCCGAGUCAAGUUCUGAACGACGGGAUCACGAAGAAAAAGCUCGGGGACCGCGCGAUCGAGUCGUUCUGCUUCUUUCGUGAUGGCAUCAAACCAGAAUGGGAAGACCCGAUCAACCUCUCUGGUGGCGAAUGGCAGGUUGCACUGAAGCUGCAAGCUGAGGAACUAGACGAUCUCUGGGAAAAGCUUGUGUUGGGCAUGAUUGGGGAAACGAUCGAUCCCGACGCUGAGAUUACUGGCGCGCGUAUCAUCCACAAGGUACUUGUUCUAGAUGAGCAUGUGCUCCACGCUCAUUUCACAUUACGUGGUGAUGGGUUAUAGAACAAGAAGGACACGCAUUCGUAUCGCUUUGAACUCUGGCUGCGAAGCCGUGACCUCGAGUUGGCCGACGAGGUCCGAAAAGGCAUGCUCGAAUGCUUGAACACCGACAAAAAAGGAAGUCCCAUCACGCGGUCGGAUUGCGUGUACAAGCCCCACAGCAGCCAUUAACUUGUGUCGAUACCUUUAACGUCGGUGUCGUCGAUAUCUGCCACACUAAAGCUAUCAAAUCCCCCCAAACACUGAUAUCGUUUCCGCUUUGCUCUUGCGGCCUUCGACAACAUCCUCAAUGAUGGCUUAUCGAGGCACCAGGCAGUAAUGCUUACGCAAUUGCUUCAUUCCUCUGCUCCUUUUCUCGUUGAGAUCGCCAGGAGCAAGUCCGAUUCGGGUAAACGCUGGCUUCGCACGAUUCAGUCAUCGCCCACGUCAUCCAAUGCGAGUUAUAAAGACGUCGAUCAUUCCUUCUGGUCGUUCGCAUGUACAUUCACCGUGCGGUCGCGCGUUGUCGACUGCAUCCGUUACCGAGCUGCCUUUCUCGCGAGGACUGCUUGGUGGUGGC